AAGGUACAGAGGACAUUUCAAACGGUGUUUUGGCGUGCAUGCUUUUAACAACGAGACAGGUUUGUUUUGCUGCGGGAAGUUGAUCAAAUGUUUCAAUAUUGCACUGUUACAGAGGGUGCAGGAGCAUUGACGUUAAACUGACGAAAGCUCAGCUCAAAAUUCUCCGGAUUAAACUCAGAACUCCGUCCUCCCUAUUUUUUAUGAAGUUGACUCCCAAAAAUUUAUGGACGGAGGGAGUGGAGGUGACGUUAAAUAGAAACUGAAAGACUCUGAUCGAUCUCUGCUACUUUAUGUCGCCCUUCCCGAAUUUUGGAUUUUCUUUUCUAGGCCUGGUGAGCUUUCCGAGCACUUCCCGUUUUUGUUCCUGAUUUCCACGAUCCGCAGUUGUUUUGUUUUGACAGCUAUGACACAUCAUUCCCUGGAUCUGCUGAUGCUGGAUUUCUGAAUUUCCAGAAUGCUGCUUCUGCUCCAGGCUCUUAUCUGGAUCUCUCAUGUGGCUAUUACAGCGGCAGAUUUAGAGGUGACGGGACCAUUAGUUCCCAUCUUGGGGGUUGUUGGGGACAGCGUGGUCCUGGACUGUCUGUUGGUCAUGAAAAAACCCCUGGAGAACAUGGAAGUCCGCUGGAUCAACACAGCAUAUGGCUAUAGCUCGCCUGUCCAUACAUACAGGGCGGGAGAGGACGAUUUGACACUCCAGCCCUUGGUCUACAGAGGCCGGACCGAACUGUUUCUCGACAAAGUGGCACAGGGGAAUCUCUCUCUCUGGCUCAAGGAUGUCCGAGUCUCUGACAGGGGACAGUACAAGUGCUUUGUGACAUCUGCCAUCAAACACAAUGAGUUCAAACUCACGCUGGAUGUGACAGGUACAGGCCGCCAGCCCACGAUUGAGAUGGAGGGCCAAACGGGAGAUGGCAUCAGACUGGGCUGCAGAUCCAAAGGGUGGUACCCAGAGCCACCCGUCCUGUGGUCGGAUGGAGAUGGAGAGAACGUAGCAGCCCAGCAGCAAACCACGUAUCAGCCGGACACUCAGGAACUGCUCACGGUCAGCAGCUUCAUCGAGAUCCCCAAGCAGUCCACCAACAAGUACACUUGUGUCAUUAGUAACAAGAUUCUGGAGGAGAAACAGGAGGCUCACAUCCAGAUUGCAGAUUCCUUCUUCCCCUAUGUUUCCCAAUGGCUGAUAGCGUUCUGGAUCCUGUUUGCUCUGGUUAUUGCAGCGGUCGCUCUUGCAGUGUGGUACCUUCGGAAAUUACAGAAUGAGAUUCAAGGCCUCAGGAAAUCUGAAGAUAAUCUCGAACGUCAAAGGCUGCUGGAUGUAACCGAAUGUGAGAAACUUCAGCAGAAGUUAGAACAAUGGAGGCCUCUGGUCCAGUCAGAGUGGAACAGGAUACAGAGCUAUGCAGCUCCAGCCUCUCUGACUCUGGACCCGAACACAGCGCAUCCCCGGCUCAUCCUGUCUGAGGACCGGACCAGUGUGAGACUCGGAUACAAACGGCAGCUGCUCCCUGACUCCCCGGAGAGAUUUGAUCUCUGGCAAUGUAUCCUGGGAUCAGAGGGAUUCACAUCAGGGAGUCAUUACUGGGAGGUGGAGGUGGGGGAGAAGAUUAUGUGGAUUCUGGGAGUGGUCCGGGAGUCUGUCAGGAGGAAAGGGUGGAUCAACGCGGUGGAGGAGACCGGAUUCUGGAUUGUGGCGCUGAGGCUCCAAAAAGGUUAUUUUGCCUCCACCUCCCCCUCAUGGACUGACCUCUCCCUGCAUGUGAAUCCCCGGAAGAUCGGGGUUUUCCUGGACUACGAGGGUGGACAGGUGUCAUUUUACAACGCGGUCACCAUGUCCCAUCUCCACACUUUCACCCACACUUUCACUGACAGGAUCUUUCCCUUCUUCAAUCCGGGACGGAAUAUUGACGGGAAUAACUCCGGCCCGCUGACAAUCUGCGGGAUUAAAGGACACUGACUGAUCCAAGAUAAUGGGAACUGCAGAUGCUGGAGAAUCCAAAAUAACAAAGUGUGAAGCUGGAUGAACACAGCAGCCAAGCAGCAUCUCAGGAGCACAAAAGCUGACGUUUUGGGCCUAGACCCUUCAUCAGAGAGGGGAAUGGGGAGAGGGUUCUGAAAUAAAUAGGGAGAGAGGGGGAGGUGGACUGAAGAUGGAUAGAGGAGAAGAUAGGUGCA